AUGACCACCAGUACUAGUGCAUCCACUCCCACCAGUUCGACUUCGUCCCUGGCUACUGCUAGCACCACGACAUCAGCCGUGACAACAACGACAGCGACUAUUAAUACAUCUACUACCUCUACCUCUACGACGACUCCUACUACCACGAUCACGGAGACCACAGCGACAACGUCCACCACUACAACUACAACAGUAUACAACUACUACAACCACAAGCAGUUCCUCCGCAUGUCCUACAAGUGCCUGUCCAUCCUCGAGAACGGCGGUAUGUCCUCAGCGGUUUUCGACGUCAUAACUGACGGUAGCUUCGAAGACGUCUCCUCCGACUCGAUUGGAGCACUGGGAUCUACCAGCGGCGACUGGACAGUAUCUGGGAACGCAUUUUUCGACCAGAACAGCGGAACGGCUUCUGACACGCCUUUCGGGACGAAAUUUGUCUACUUCCGCGGCACCUCGACCGUGCCCGUCUCCCGCGUCUCUCAGAACCUGACGAACCUCAUCCCCAACACCUUCUACACCCUCACCUACGACUACGCCGUCCCCUUCGUGGACAACCCCAACAGCGGCCCCGCCUUUUCCACCUGCAGCCUCACCCUCCAGGUCGGCGACAGCGUCAAUCGGGAUCUUGUCGAUGUCUUUGGCAACACGGCGCAGACGGCCUGGGCGGAGGCGAUACCGCUGGACUUUGUGGCCGACUGUUCGGAGCUGGUGUUUUCGCUGAUCUGGGAUUGUUCGCAGGUGUUGCCGGGGAACGAGAUUGAUUUUGUCAUUGAUAACGUGGGCUUCACGGGCGGUCAGUGUGUGGCGGAGUCGGCUUGA